UGGCCUUGAACAAAUGCAACAUGGUAAAUAUCGAGUGGCCCUUCAAUUUUUUGGAAGAUUUAAGAAUUUCUUGGAGACCAACAACUUAAAAGAUAAGGAAUGGGUUGAUGUUUCAAGGAGGUACAUCUUGUCCAUCAUUUCAAUAGAAUUGUCUAUUCCAACUUGUAACUCAGAAGAUACGAGGAUGCAGAAGCCCAAUUAGAAGAAAUAAUCAGACAAUUUUUGAGAUAAAAAGCUAAUUACGCCCUUGUGUAUUCUGCAUACAGUGAUCUAUUGACUCAUUGUUUGAAGUAUAACCUCAACAAGGCAAUCCUCUUGGGCAAGGCUUUAUUAAGCGAAAUGCAACGAGAAAAUGUACCCUUAGGGUAUUAGAAGCAAUUCCUGUAUUUCUUGGGAGUAUCAAAUUUAAUCACUAUUAAAAGACAGCCUAUUUAUUGAAGGAAAACUACACUGAUGCAAAAUCGAGAUUGAGAGAGUGUCUGGCUUCAGAUCCCUCCAAUCAAUUGAAAGGAUGGGCUUACAAUAGUUUGGCUGUGGCUUCAUGGUGGCACAAGUUCCCAAGUCUUAGAGAAUUUGUAAGUGAUGACGAAGAAGAGACAGGAUCUCAACAAAGUGAUAUUCCAGCAGAAAAUAUAGAUGCUGAUUUUGAGAAUGUGAUACCUCUAUUUAAAAAGUCAAUUUAUUACAUUGAGCAUUCAAACAAUCAAAUUAAAACAGGAUUGGAAUGGCUAUUGAAUGAAGAUCUUCUACCAUAAGAUAGAACCAAUCUAACCAAAACCUAAUUUAAGAGUUUGCAUGUUGGAAAACCAUUACUCAAUCUAAGUGAAUUUGUUUUGAAUAAGGCACCAUCUAAAAGGGCUGAAUUACAAUUUUGGUUGAAAACUACAAUCAAUUUUUAUGAGGAACAAGAUCCCACAAAUAUGGAUAGAUCUCUCUUAUUUUUAGCUUGGAUGUGCAGUACCAAUAAAUAUGUAUAAAAUUAUGAUGAAUUUUCAGUUUGAUAGAGCAGAAAGCAUGUAUAGAAUAGUGUUGUAAAUGCUUGAGAAUUCAGAUUCAUAUAACAAAGUAUUAUGUAUGCAAUUGCUUGGAAGUAUGUUGAAGAAGAUGCCCAAUAGAAGUGGCGAAGGAGAAUGUAAAUAGCAAUCAUAUUGUUAAUAUAGAACUCAUAAUCAAGGCUUAGCAGAUUGCGGAAGAAUUGCCCUACUGGUCCAAUAGAUAAGUACAUGUUAUUAUUCCUGAUUUUGAAAUCUGA